GGCGGCACAGUCGCCCGCCGCUGGAGGGCUUCGCGGCGGCGUCCUGAGAACGAAAGGGUGGAGCUCUGGGACUCGCCCCACGAUCCCCGGAAGCAGGGGAGGGCACUUCCGGGGGCGGGGUCCCGCGGUGGCGGGGUCGCUAUGUCGUGGCUCAGGGCGGCAUGCGCGAGACCCGGGCAGGACGGGGGCGCGGACGCGGACGUGUUCGACGACGAGGCAGACGAGACGCUGCCGGCGCAGCGGGAAUGGAGGAACCGCUUGGAGCGGCGCGUUAGGGAAGGUUAUAGAGAUGGUGUUGAUGCUGGGAAAGCGGCCGUCCUUCAGCAGGGCUUCAGUCAAGGCUACAAGGAGGGUGCCAGAGUCAUCAUCGGCUAUGGCCAGCUCAGAGGAACCCUAAGUGCUCUGCUCUCCUGGUGUGGCCUUCAGGAUAGCAGUUCACCUUGGAUCACUCCCCUAAAUGACCUUCUGGACGCGGUGGGCCAGUGUGAAGAGUCUGUGCUCCAGCGCCUGACAGCCGUCCCUCCCCAGCCCCACGUGGCAGAUUUGUUGGAUUCCAUCCAGGAUAUGGACCUUUGUCCCUCGGCUCCAGCCCAUGAAAAGAUCGAAGAGGAAAGACUCAGGAGGCCUCAUACUGACUUAAACACAAACUGCUGCCAGGAGGUCGACCCGAGCAGUGGUCCCUGUUCUCCAGGCCAUAGAACACAGAGGGGGACACAUCCUGAAAAGCCAAGCUUCUCCUGGAUCGUGGAACAAACUGCCAGCAUCAUGGAACAGCUGGGCUUGUCCCCAGACAUCCUGGGGAACAUUGAGCGGCCGGGACACUAGCUCCACUCUUUCUUUACAAAUAGUAUUUUGAAAUCCAUUUCAUAGAAUUUAUCUUAUCUUAUCAGCAGUUAGACCAAAAUAUUUAUCAAAUUCCACCGUGAUCUGGUGGAUCAUCCACUGUUAACUGGUGUGCUUGCAGACAUUUAAAUUCGACCUGACAGAAGCUUCUCCCUCCAUGUGUGGCCCUUUGCACCUGCCCAUCACCCCCCACUGUGUCUGCUGUCUUACUCAAGUAAUACUGGUAUCUGCUCCCUCAUCUUAUGAACGAGAAAUUGGGGGAAAAAUUCUUUAAUCACAGAAGAGUUUUCCCCCAGCUCUGCUGUAACUGUGAGUCUAAUGCACUUUAUAAGCGCAUUCUCAUCCCGCUGUCGUUGACUGACAACUAGAAUUCUCAGACUUACUAACAAAAGCGGACCAGGGCUAGGCACACAUUUCUUCCCUGGUUGAUGUCCUUAUUACCGAUCUCAUCACAGAAUCAGAACUUAACGGCCAACCCCUAAAUCUGACGCACGAAAAUUGCUGGAACUUCCAUUCUGCACAUGCAUAGAUGAAAACCACUCACGUUUCUUUAGAUUGUUACAGCCCGUAAGUUGCAUCAGUCAGCAGCUGCCCACCAAAGUGGGUCAUAUCCCCAUUAUGUAGAUAAGAUACCCAAGGCUCCUCCAGCCAAAGGGACUUACUUACCUAUGGCCACACAGCCUCGAUUAUCUUAGACAGCAGCCAUUGUGGAAUGCCCCCCCACCCCUUCCCCAGCUGUCUUGGUGAAAAUGAGGGAAAUGUUAAAAUACCAUUUCUGGUACUUGCUUAGCUUUACUCCAACCAAAUUUGUUAAGAAAUGAGAAGCCCUAAUGCUUGCCACACCCCACCCCUAGCUGCUGCUUGAGUCAGGAGUGACCCCAGGCUAUCUGUUUGAAUCUUCUCCGUGAAGGAGCUCACCACCUUGGGACAUCUCCUCAGGGUGCCCUGACUGUUAGGAAGUCCUCAUGGUGCACUCAAAUCAGCCUUCCCUAGCUGGUCACUGCUUUGCCCUCUGGUGCCACACAAAAUAAGGUUAAAGUGAGGGUGAACCCCCCAAAAACUAAAGACCCACACACAGUCUUUGUUUAACCUCAGGAUGUACCUUGUUGCCUUUUCAUUAAAGCAAACAAAAUGGGGCAGUAUUUUGAUGGCCACAAGUGACCAUAAGUUGGUGGAGAUUUUUCUGGGAUUUUGUUUGACCCCUCUCUUUGAGCCACAGCAUGGUGUGACAGACAGUGGCUGGCCUGGAUUCAGAAGACAUGCAGGCCUCUUGGUCCCUCCUCAUGGUGUGCCCAUCCCCACCUCCAUGGCCUGAACAUCACAUCCUCCAAUUGUUUAUCCUUCACUGGGUGCGGGAUGCUAGUGGCCACCAUGGCCUCUGGUGACUCUUUGAGGGAGGGUACCUCCCCAGCACCAGCCAACAAGCUGCCAACAGUCUCCCCUGGCCCAGAGUCCAGUAGGCCUCAACGAUGGGGGGUCAUCUCAGUGCAGAAGAGGACGUUAGUUCAGUCCCUGUCCUCAGGCAUCCCGGGGAUGAAUCCUCAUAGCCAUCUCCCAGUCCCCUGGGAGCAUUAGCCACACCAGCACCCAGGUUCUACUGAGGCUGCCGCAUCAGUCUCAGCCCUGGCUGUUAGCUGGGGAAGUCAAAGCCUGCUGGUGGUGUCCACACCUGCUAGGAAGGGAAUGGAUGGGGUCUGAAAGGUUCUCCUUUCGCCCCUCCCUCUUCCUCCUCCCUAACCGUCCCCCACCCCCACCCCCCAGGCUCAGGAAAGGGAGGAAGCAAUUCUUGCCUCUCCUCCCACCCCUGCCCCAAGUGGAAAUCCCAAUGCUGUCUGCUGUCGGAGGCACAGGGCCCUGAUGCCCGCAGACCUUUCCACCCCCCGCCCCGGCCGAACUUGGCUACAAUUAGGCCAGAAACGUUUCCCCACUAGACUGAGCUCCUUAGGAGCCGGGAUUGUUGUUCUUUGUGUCCCCAGCAGAGUGCCUGGCACACAUUAGGUGCUUAAUAAAUGCUUGUUGACCUACUACAAAUUUCUUUUUUUACGUUUGAGCUCAUCAAUAAAUUGUCCCUUUGAAGCCUC